AUGUUAGUAAGAGGACGAGGACCGCAGCAGCUGCUGGAGAGCGGCAGCAAGCAGCAGGGGGGGGCCCCUAUAACAUCUCUGUUACAAAGGGCCCCCCAGGGUUUUAGGGUACCAACAGCAGCAGAAGGGGGCCCCCAGGGGCCCCUAGCAGCAACUUGCGGCCUAUCGCAGCCGCUAGGUACAGAGGGUACUGUACCCAUUGAGCUGCUGCGGUGUAGGGCAACAACGCGGCUGCUGGAGCUGCUGCAGCAGAAGCAGAGUGCUGCUGCUCCUCCUCCUAUAGACAGGUUUAGCUGCAGCACAGCUACAGAUAGCAGCAGCAACAGCAGCAACAGCAGCAACAGCAGCAGGAGUGCGCAUGCAACCGACAGCUACGGCUCCUCCUCCUCUGUUUGCUCACAAGCUUCCGAGGAUGAACCCACACAACCGCUUUCUUUUCGCAUGCAGCAGCAGCAGCAGCAGCAAAAGCAGCAGCAGCAGCAAAAGCUGCAGCAGAAGCAGCAACGACACCAGCAGCAGCUUCAGUGGAAGCCUAUUAUGCAGCUGCAGAAGCAGCAGCAACAGCAGCAGCAGCAUCAAGCCCAGCCACAGCAGAAGCAGCAGUGGCAGCAACAGCUGCAGCAGCUGCAGCAGCAGCAGCAGCAGCAGCAGCAACAGGCGCCUCAGAGACAGGUCCAGCGAACUGUGUGUCCGCAGUCAGGUCGCCAGCUCAGUGUCCCCACUGACCAGCAGCAGAAGCAGGAGCUGCAGCAGCAACAGCUGCAGCAGCAACAGCUGCAGCAACAGCGUUUGCAGCAACAUCAGCAACAACGGCCGCAGCAACAGCGGCAGCAGCAGUGGCUGCAGCAGCAACAGGAGCAACAGCAGCAACAGCAGCGCCAAGAGCCGCAUCAGCAGCAACAACGGCAGCGUAUGCGGCAGCGACGCAAGCAGCAGCGGCAGCCGCCGCCUGCUCAGCAGCAGCAACAGCAGCAACAGCAGCUACAGCUGCAGCAGCAGCAGCAGCAGCAACAGCAACAGUCGUUGCUGCAGCAUCUGCCACAGCUUUUACCGCAGCACGUGCAGCGGCCCACUUACCAGCACCAGCAGCAGCAGCUGCAGCUGCAGCGACAGCAAUCGCAGCAGCAGCAGCAGCAGCAGCAGCAGCAGCAGCAGGCACGCAGCGAGCUGCUACGGCUCCUGGAUGCAGGCGUUUGUUUUAAAGGGUCCAACGCCACAAGGGGUCUCCCUAGCAGCAGCAGCAGCAACAGCAGCAACAGCAGCAACAGCAGCAACAGCAGCAUAAGGGGGACAGAGAGGGCAGCGGUUGCUGCUCCCUCUAUGUCCAUGAGACCAGCAGCAGUACCAGCAGCAGUAACUCCUGUAGCUCCUGCUGCUGCUGCUGCUGCUGCUCUUCCUGCUCCUUGUCCUGCUGCUGCAACAGGAGCAGCAGCAGGAGCAGCAGCAGGAGAACAGAGGCAGCGACCCAAUGAGGUGUCUCCUGGUGCAUUUGCUGCUUCCCUCUUUAUGCGGAUCCCUGAUGCAUCAGCGAUCCCCUUACCUGUCUCCCUUUUGUCUUAG